GAGUUAUCAAAUAGCUAUGCGAGUUACUGAAAGUUCUCCGAUAGCUUGUUUAAGGAGAUUCACUGGCUCAUAAGGUCCGCUCUAUAACUAUCAGAUAAUACGCCCCGAGUGCAAUACACGCCUUUCUUUUAUACUAUUGUUAAGAAGUGUUGGAAAUUACUUAACCACGGCCAUGUCAGUGUAAUGACUGGUUUUGACUAGGUUCUCUCUGUACGUUUGGAUAUUACUUGUCGCUUAUCGCGCCGAAGUAUAUGGUUGUAGUUUGAUACAGACUAGUAUGUUUUGUAACGGAUAUAACUUGAAUUUAUUCUGAGCAGGAAGUUUAACUAUCUAGAAGCUUGGGGAUUCAAUACAGUUCUUGUGUCGCAUGGUAAUUUGUUAUACUAUGAGGAAAUUGAACCUAAUUAACGGCACAGUCUCCAUGAAACUAAGGCUAUAAAAUUUAUUGAAACACAAUUAUCAUCUUAUUUAGUUAUUUAGAGAGGAUUUCACAGCUGCCGUUUUAUGCUCCCAAUGCUGUAAAACUUGCAAGAAAAAAAGUUGGUGAAAAAUGAAGACAGGUCUCGCCAUGCUAUUUGUUCAAGUGAUUUGGCCAGUACUUAUUGGUGGUCAGAAACCAGAAUUUGAUAAUACUCCAAUUAAUGUCACAGCAAUAAAGGGACAACCAGCGGUCUUACCAUGUACAGUAUUAAACAAGAAUGAUUAUCUGCUUGUCUGGAUGAAUCCUCGGCGGAUUUUACUAAGUUCUGAUGACCGCAGAGUGAUAGAUGACACGCGCAUGAGUAUUGAGCGUCCAUUUGUCCGGGAUUGGAAUCUCCAUAUACGGAACGUGCAAGUACACGAUGACGGGGAAUAUACAUGUCAAAUCAACACAGAUCCCAUACAAAUCAAGAGAAUAAGACUAAAAGUUCAAGUCCCCGCAGAAAUAGAUAAUGUUACAUCAAGUGGUGACGCCACAGUCAGAGAGGGCCAAACUGUCAAAUUACAGUGCGUCGCCAACGGUAUACCCGAACCUUCAAUCAGCUGGUAUAGAAACACACUACAGACACAUCAAAUAAGAGAACAUGUUGGAACGACGGGAGAACUUCUCAUUAUUCAUAAUAUAUCCCGAUACUGCGGCGGUCUAUACGAGUGUGAGGCUACUAAUAAUAUUGCACAGCCCGUGCGCCGCGUGAUGAAUGUUGAAGUGGAAUUCCCACCGGAAGUAACGUUUAAAACACCGCAGAGAAUGAGCCAAUCGAUCGGCAAGGAAGUGAUGCUGGAAUGUUUUAUUGCCGCUUAUCCACAUGGUGUUGGUUCAUGGAGUAAAAAUGGAAAGCCUGUUGGAGAAGGGGUGGAGAACUCUUGGAAAUAUAGGACGGACCUUUACAAAGAGGACCAUUUCACUUAUGCAAUAUAUUUAAGAAUAAUCAACUUGGAGGAUUAUGACUUUGGAUCUUAUACAUGCGAAGCUUCCAAUGCAUUAGGAACAGAUAGUAACACUAUUUUAUUGACUGAAUAUUUCGUACCUACAAAACCGCCUUCAACAAAAACACACAGUAUUUUGCUGCCCUCUAGUCCGCAUCCGCUGAACGUAGGUCAACGUGGAAACGAUUAUAUAAAUUCACCCGACACCGGAGUUUUUAAUUCCGGAAAGAUUCAGACCAACAAAGUAAAUCCAUCCCAACCUGGGUACCUGGGUGCGGGUGACAGCUAUCGUUCGUCAGCCAACGCUUCCGUAAUAAAGCAGACGACAAUAUUGUUACGUUUGCAGACAGCAUGUAUUGUGACUUUACUCGUUUUGUUGGCGUUAUUUCCGUCUUGACAGACAUCUACCACUAUAGUGAUAUAAACAAGUUUUGACAUUCCAAAGUUGCAGUAAUGAAAUAAUAUCAUCAAAAUCAAUAUGUGGAGUUUACUUGAGCCGUGCCAUGGGAAAACCAACAUAGUGGGUGUGCGACCAGCAUGGAUCCAGACCAGCCUGCGCAUCCGCGCAGUCUGGUCAGGCUCCAUGCUGUUAGCUUUUAAAGCCUAUUGGAAUUGGAGAAACUGUUAGCGAACAGCAUGGAUCCUGAUCAGACUGCGCGGAUGCGCAGGCUGGUCUGGAUCCAUGCUGGUCGCACACCCACUAUGUUGGUUUUCUCAUGGCGCGGCUCACUUGCUUUUUGUUGUAGUUUCUGAAUCUGUAUUUAAAAUGUUUCGAAUCAUGUUUGUGGAAAUUAUUCACAGAAACAAAAGUCUGUAAAAAGUUACCCUGUAUACAUUUGAAAAAUUCUUUUAAAACAUUUUUUUUUCUGUUUGAUAAGCAAAAUUGCAUCAUGUAUAUCCAUUGACAAGGAAAAUGUUAUAAUGCUGUAAAUAGAAGUCCUUGUCUGCAUUUUUACACACUUAAUAAUGGAGAAACCAAAAGGUUUAUUAUGCCAUUUUAAUGUGAUCACACAAAAGCAAGUUGUGAUGUGCUUAUUCUUUGUUUUUAGAAAUCGGCGUGUAAUAAGUGAAAGCCUUUAGUUAGCACGUUUAGAUAGACUUUUUACAUGGACAUUAACAAUAUUUAAUCGUAAUAUAAAAGUAAGCGUUGUUUUUCAAACCAAAAUAUAAAAAAGAAAAAGAAUGAAACUUGUAUAUCGUUUUACAAAUAUAGAGAUAGGAACUUGUCGCGUCGCGCCUUUUGUAUCCAAAAGAAAAUGGACAAGAAACGAUGCUUCACUUUGAGAUGGUUCAAAACUCUGCCUGUAGAACUGUUACAAGUCUUUCCUCUGAUGAAUGUGCAAAGAAAAGCUAAAGCGGUACAAAUUAAUCUUGCUUUGUUUUAAAAGGAAAAAUUAAAAUAAAUUUGGUAAGACAAGAUAGAUGCUUUUGCCACUUUUUGAGAGAUUUUAAAUCGGUUACCGAGCCUAUAGUCGCAAAUAAAAGCAACAGGUCAGGUACCAGAAUUCUAGACACCAUAUUAAGAAUACAUUGUACAUUGACCAUUUACUAGAUAUUCUGUAUUUUGACAAAGUAAUAAUUUUUAAAAUUUACAAAGUACAUAUACAGUAAUAUAUUUCAACGUUUUAAACAUUUUGUGAAACCCAAUCUUUCAAACUGUUACCAAUGAUCAUACUCCUCGUACUCCGAUUUCGUCAAGAAUGAAAUUUUAAACACCAUUUGUUUUGCAAAUAGCGAUGAUUAAAUGAUGUUUUUGCCAUGUUAACCAUACUUCUAAACGUCAUACAAGCAUUUGAAAAUCCUAGGUAUAAUAAAGCAGUAAGUUUAAUUUUGGCACUUAUUUUAACAGUAUUUUUUUCUAACUUAACACUACUUCUAAAAUGUUGUGACCAUAUUUGUGUUCGUUAAUAACAAUGGUUCAGGUGUUCCCAGAUUCUGACCAACGUUUCAAUUCGUUAUUCAUAUAAUACUACAUUUAUAUGUAAACACAAGAAUGCAUGCGUUUUUAUGAAUAGUACUUGCUGUAAAUCGGUAUCAUAGCAACAGACAGAGUUUAAACAAAUCUCAACAAGCUUGAAAUAUUCAACGAAAGUAAAAAUAGAAACAAGUGACUUGAGGAUUAUAUGAAUUUUAAUAAUAUGUAACAACAAUGAAGUAAGUGUGUAAAUUACAAUUAAGUUAUUCAAAAUGAAAACAUUUUGUGUAAAUGCUGGUGUGUUUUUUUCUUUUAUUUUUAUAUUUUAUAUUAUUUUGUGUAUGAAUGCUUACUGUAAAUGUGAUGUUCUUAUUCUGUAAAUAAUACCAGUGCAUUGUGAUAAUGGAAGCAAUGUAAUUUGCUCUUUUUAUGAAUGAAUAAAUAUGUAUAUCUUGUUGUUUUUUUUUCAAAAUAUUGUACAUUCAAAGGUAAUUCAAGAAUACCUUACCUAUUAAAGUAUAAUUUUAAGUAAUAUUUUUUAACAUAAAAUGAGUUCAAGUUGACCCAGCAGUUGUGCAGCACUUUAUAAGCGAGAAGUAUCGUAAAAUUAUUGAUACAAUAUAUGGACAUGAUUUUGGUAGAAGUUGUUUCAAGAUAGCACACAUCUGUACUUAUAUUUCUUUACUUGUAUUAUUACUUUUUAGACUUCUGGACUACAUCUUUAUCAUUUUUUUUACUUCAAACAAAAACAUUUUUUUUCUUAGAUACUUUAAAUCUUAUUAUAUUCCUACAUACUUGGUUUGUAAUCUUUCGAGUGAAAGGUAAAAACAAAUAAAACCAGUAAUGAUCUAAGCAAAAUAUUUUUAUGAUUAAAGUUUAUGGAUAAUACCGAAAUGAUAGAAAUGCAUUUUAAUAAAAGGCUGACAUUAUCUGUUUGUUGCAAUGACAAUGACGUCACCAUUUCGCAUGACCAUAUUCGAUUACACUCAGGAUGAGGUUAUCGUAGAUAAGUAUUAGUCUCAAUAUAAAAGACGUAAAAGCCACUUAUUCAAAUCCUUCUUUCGCUAAUAUAAACUAUUACACCUGAUUUACGGUUUAUAGAGAAAGGCACGUUUUUCCUACAUCAACUCUUGUGAGUUUGUUUCACAAACAGAGGGUUAUGUUGUUUCCAGUUAAAUGCCAGUCAGUGGUUGUCUGCUUCCUGAGAAAACUUUUGUCCGCAAAUAACCACCACUUUCGUUUCGAUUUGACGUUCGGGAAAUACAUAUGAAAAUUGUCUCAUUGCAUGAAGAGAAUUCAUUCUAACAGAGAAAAUGAGUGAUUUAAGCACCCAAAUUCACGAAAAUGAGUGAUUUAAGCACCCGAAUUCACGAAAAUGGGCAUAAAUGGAACAAUUAGGAUCUAUUUAAUUUGGACUUCUUUCAAUGCGACAUUACGAAAGCAUGCUUUCUGUCCAAAUUACUGUCCUUAUUCAUUAUAUGAUUAGUUCUGUAUUGGUUUUAUGUAAGUUUAUGAAACAAAUACAUUUUGCAAAGUGCUAGUAAACUAUCUAACAUGUUUGUAUACAUUCGUUUAAAUUUGUUUCACUUGUUGGAUGUCAUGGUAAUAAAAUAAAGCCUGGUCAUAUCUUUAGUAUUACACUUGUGUAGUAACAUUUUGACGUUGACGUUGUUUCAAGCGUAUUAUCUUAAAUAUCCCCUAUUUCAAGUAAAAAAUAAAACAAAAUCAAACAGUUGAAGGCAAUUUAAAGUCCAUUAACUAUUUACAAACAUACAGACAAAAACAGAUAAAAUCAUUAGAGUCAUGUGAUCACAUCCCAUAGAAAAGACAUUUGGAAAAACAGCUUCCUGUUUGAUUGGGUAUGGAAUAAAUAUAAAUCUUUAUGUGUCAACUGUUAAAAGUAAAUAUGUAAAGGAAACUUUAGAAGCAUAGAUCGCAAUCAAGUAAAUUAAAUAGCAGACUCGGUUUGACCGAGUCCAUUCAUGAGAGUCCAUUCUGAAUCAUGCCCUCAGCAUCGGCUUAAGGUAUUAGAUCACUAAUAGUAAUGUUUACAAAAUGGCCUUUGCUUGGUAUAUUCUGAAAGGUGACCGUGUUUUGCACUAUUUUGCAAUUUUUAAACAACUUUUACCGUGCCGUUUUUUAUAUAUUUUGUAUAACUUAUGGUAUCUCCUCAAGCUCAAGUAGAGACAAAUUUCAAAGUGAUAGCCACUAUCCAAAACGUUUGCAGAGAACUCAUUUUACCAUUAAUUUUAAUAAAAGAAACAUCAAACUAUUGGUAAAGAAAUAUAAAACACAAAAUAAAAAUGUCAAUAUCAUUUUUUCUAUUAUGCCUCAAGUAAACAGAUUUAAUGAGACAGAAUUCAUACUUCAGCAUUGAAAAAAUAAGGUCGAAUGCUGUGUUUAUGUUUUGAAUUUUGCUUAUUCCAUUUAAAAUAACCUUAGGGCAGGCGUAAAACAUACCUAAAUUUCUUCCACAAUAUAUACUCUAAGAGUGAAAGCAAAAUAGAGAACUUUCACUGCGUGUAACUCAAUAUUUUUAAAGAUGUGUAACUCUACCCCUUCUGUUUAAGUAGUAAAUUAACUUUGAACACCAAGAAAUUGCUUAUAAGAUUCAUCUUUUUCCAUUUUUGUACAAGAAAUCAAUAAUAAGUCUUGAAAGAAGUAAAAACUUGCUAGAAAAAAAGGAAAAUAAGGAAAAAAAAAUUUGGUCCCAGUAGGGCUUGAACCUACGCCCCCAUAAGAAUUGCAGUAAAAGUAUUUAUGGUAGGAAUUGCAUACUCUUCAAAAACGAGGUUCUGUAUUAGUGAUCUAAUACCUUAAAAUGAGUAUUCCAGUAAAAAUUGUUAUACUACACGAAUUCAAAGGACCCAAAGAUAUAACAACACUGAGUACAAUCUGACAACUAGAGCAUGGCCUAACUUGUAGAAAUGAAUGUACGUUUAUCAAUUAUAGGUAGUAUAUAUGUUGGACGUAGUAAUUAGCAAGAGGAGUGAAUGUGACUAUACACGAAUAUCUUAAGAGUUAAAUAAUGAAUGUUUUAAUUGUAUUGAAUAUGUAUUAAAUAAGAUGUAAUAUUGUGUUUAUGUUGAUCAGUUGAUAUUUUCUUAUAUUAAAUUUGAUUAUUUGUA